AUGAGGUGCAUCCAACUUCACCCUGCUGCAUUGCUUCCCAUGCAAACACAGCUCAACCACAGACAGCAGCUGCUGGGGAGUAGUUGUAAAGUUCUUUUGAUUUCCACCAUUGAAGCUACUAAUUAUAAACUUGCUGCACAGAGGCAGCAGCACUUUCCUUCUCUGAGGACCAAGGGCAUGCACAAUGAUAUUGCUCUUGCUGUAACUUCCCCCGCCAAGUCUGGAGACAUUUCAGUCCUCCUUCAAACUGGUGGGGUACUUUUUGUUGCUUACUUGUUCUCAAAUUUCGUUGUGCCAAUUCUCAUUACGAAAUAUUUCGGAUUCGAUAAGGUGGGUGAAGAAGAAGAUGAAGACGACCUAUUUAAGAUGUGA